GGGAGAGAGACACGGGGGGAGAGAGACACGCGGAGAGAGAGACACGGGGGGAGAGACAGAGAGAGAGAGAGACACGAGGGGAGAGAGACACGGGGAGAGAGACACAGAGAGAGACACGGGGAGAGAGACACGGGGAGAGAGAGACACGGGGAGAGAGACACAGAGAGAGAGACACGGGGAGAGAGACAGGGAGAGAGACACUGCGAGACAGACACUGCGAGACAGAGACAAGGGGAGACACAGAGACACACAAGGAUAGGGGAGACACAGAGAGGAUAAGGGACAGGCAAGACCAUCCAGAUAUGUAGACUGAUAAGAGACAGAGAGACAGAAAAGUGCAGACAGGCAGACGGCAUACACCCAUUUACACACCCACAAAGACACGAAAUUUUGGACAGACACACACACACAGACAUCGACAUUAAUAUCACUUGACACACACAGACACCCACACACACCCACAGACACACCUAGCAACACACACAGACACACACAGACACACCUAGCAACACAGACACACACACCCACAGACACACCUAGACACACAGACAGACACACACAGACACACCUAGACACACAGACAGACACACACAGACACACCUAGCAACACACAGACACACCUAGCAACACAGACACACACAGACACACCUAGACACACACAGACACACCUAGCAACACAGACACGCACAGACACACCUAGACACACACAGACACACCUAGCAACACACACACAGACACACCUAGCAACACACACAGACACACACACACAGACACACCUAGCAACACACACAGACACACCUAGACACACACAUAGACAGACACACACCUAGACACACACACAGACACACCUAGACACACACAUAGACACACGCACACCUAGACACACAGACAGACACAGACACACCUAGCAACACACACAGACACACCUUGCAACACAGACACACACACACACACCUAGCCACACACACACAGACACACAGACACACACAGACACACACACACACACACCUAGCCACACACAGACAGACACAGACACACACACGUAGCCACACACACACACCUAGACAGACACACACAGACAGAUACACACACACAGACAUACACACAGACACACACACACCUAGACAGACACACAGACACACACACACAGACAUACACACAGACACACACACACACACACCUAGACAGACACACACAGACAGACACGGCCACGCCAUGGCCAGCUUCUCGUCUCGCCAGCGGCUGAGACACGGUCGCGCUGUGCCGGAGCUGAGACCCGAGUUCAUGUCUCUGCUGGUGCAAGCGACGGCUCGGACCACCACCAGCAACAACAACAACCACAACCACCAGCAGCACCACCACCACCAGCACCACCUCAACCACCUGAACCACCUCCAGCAGCUGAACCAGCAGCAGCAGCAGAAAGGAGCAGCACCACGUGGUACAGAGCAUCUGGCAGCGAGGAGAGAGUCAAUGAACCUGCCCGAGUCGGACUGCAUGAGGCUUAACCCCUCCCUCCGUGGCAUCGCCUUCAGGUCACUGGUGGCGGUGGACCUGAGCGCAUCUCGCGGCCUGGUCGCGUGGUGUGGCUCUCGACAGAUGCUUCGGGUGCUGGGGUUGACGGGACACGGAGCGGCCUGGGUCGGGGGGACCGCCUACUGCCUCUGGCAGAGCGACUCAGCGGCCGGGAGGGAAGUCUUGCUCAACCUACUGCUGGCGCUGAUCUUCGACAUCGUCGUCGCCGUCACCAUCAAGGGCCUGGUGCGCCGCAAGGGCCCCUCCUACUGCGACCCAGCCGCCCCUCACCACCCUCCGCAGCGCGGCGCGCCAUCCUCGCCCCUCGCCUCCUCCUCCCCCUUCUCGAGCGCCGUCUCCCUCGCCGCCUCCGCCCCGCCCGCCCCCUACUACUCCUCGUCAGCCUCCCCGACGUUCUACGCCGGCGCCGGCGGCAGGAACCCCGCCGGCGCCGCCGCCCCGUCCGCCCCGUCCCGCCUGCUCCCGCCGCUGCUCCGCCGGGCCCUGGAGGCUUCGGCCUUCUCGUUCCCCGCCAACCAGGCGACGCGCGCCGCCCUGCUGGUGCUCUUCUUGCCGCGCCACCUGGUGCUGGGCUUCCCGCUGCGCGUGCUGCUGCUGCUGUGGGCGCUGCUGGUGGGGCUGCUGCGCGUCGCGCUGGGCCACCACUACGUCACCGACGUGCUGUGCGGAUUCGCCGUCGGCUGCGCGGAGGCUCGCCUCGUCGAGGCCCUCUGGGUGUCGGCCGCUGGCUUCCAGGCGCUCGCCAGGGCCGUGGGGCUGCCGGUGUGA